GAUUAUUACAGUAUUAAUUCUUACAUGUGCGUUGUUGGUUUGCAGGGCUGAAGGUGCACAUGCCAGCUUGAAGUUGAUGUUGCGGAACAGUAAGGGUGACCUGGCCACAUCAUGGGAUGCGUCGCAUAGUUUGACCACCAAUCGUCACACUGAGAUAGUAGCAUCGUUUGAGCGCAGUAUGAAUAAAAUUGAUCACCUUUUCAAGACCCCUUUCUACACAAAUAUUAGGGGAUUUGUGUCAAUCAAAUGCCUGAAACUCAUUGAUGCUGAAUUGACAAGAAUGCGAGCCUGCGGCGGCAGAUGCGAUUGCUUAUUGAGAGAGACUCAUGGACUACCUUGCGGUUGUCAACUUGCAGAUUAUGAGAGGAUUCCGUACGAGGCCAUUCAUCCAUUCUGGAAGAGCCUAAGUUGGGAGCAUGUACCUGUUGCAGAUACUGGCAGCUCAGAUAUUUGCGGACUAAACCAUGGAGAGAUGCACCCAGAAGUUGAGGCACUGACACGUUAUUUCCAUUCUUUGGAUACUGGAGAGCAGAGUAUGGUAAGGAGGAAGCUUCAGGCGAUAUAUUGUCCUGAAAUGAGUACACUAUGUACUCCUGAGCUUCGGAUAAAGUCCAACCGCACUGCUAAGUUGAAGAAGAGCAAACAACCCAAGGGUCAAGCAAUAGGAUCCUUGACUCGUGAUCCUUCAGCGUUUGAACUUACUGACAAGAAGAUUAAAGAGGAAAAGAAGUCUUCACAACCAGCAAAGAGGAAGAAGCGUGUGAAGAAGUCUGAUACAAGCCAUUUCAUGUGUAACUUUCUAGCCUUUCUCCAUCCAUAUAUUGACACAGUUACAGAUGUUGAGGAUGAUGGUAACUGUGGCUAUAGAUCCAUUGCUGCAUUACUGGGGCAUUCCGCCGGUCAGGACGGUUGGCCUUGGGUUAGGGCUUCAUUGAUACAAGAACUUGAGACCAAUGUGUUAAUGUAUAAUAGGAUGUGGGGCACAGAUGUUGUUUAUGGCUUAUAUGAUCGUCUCACUCUUCCUAUUGGUGACCCGGCCACCCCUGACAAAUGGUUUCAACUGCCAGAGAUGGGAUACCUUGUUGCCACAAAGUACCAAUUGGUUCUCCUCCAAUUAACUCCUGGACAUCCUAUGCCGACUAUUGCUCCCCAGUGGGAUUGGCACGCUGAUCUUGCCUCCAAAUACUGGCGCAACCUAUAUGGUCCACAUUUAGGCAUAAUGUGGCCCUUAUCACAGGUUGUUGUUAAUGAUGAAAAUCUAGACAUCAUCGUAGAUUGGCAGGACCCGACGGGUGCUGUUGAUGCUAGCAUCCGCCGCAAGGCCUUUACUCACAGUGAAUUUGCGAAUGACAUAACUGUUGGAUCUGUUCUCGUUCUCCAAAAGGUCUGA